AAAACCAAUGCUGACAAUUACAUCAUAUUCAUGGACAUUUCCUGUUACAUUUCUUCUUUUCCUUUCGUUCUUCUCUUGCUCUGAAUCUUGCACAUUCACAAUAACAAAUAACUGCCCAUAUACCAUAUGGCCUGGUACACUGGCAGGGGCAGGUACUCCGCAGCUUCCAACAACUGGAUUUCAAUUAGACUCAGGUAGAAGUGUGAGGAUUGCAUCUGUUCCAGGGUGGUCAGGUCGAAUAUGGGCACGGACAGGAUGCAAGUUUGAUGAGUCUGGAGUUGGUACUUGUGAAACUGGGGACUGCGGUGGAAGACUUGAAUGUGAUGGAAAUGGUGCCACUCCACCUGCAUCACUCUUUGAGAUAACCCUUGGCAAGGCCAGCGACAAAGAUUUUUACGAUGUGAGCAUUGUUGAUGGCUACAAUCUGCCUCUUGUAGCUCAACCCCGUGGAGUGUAUGGUGCAUGUAAUACCACAGGCUGCAGUUCAGAUAUUAACAUUGGUUGCCCUAAAGAACUACAGGUGGUAGGUGCAAAUGGUGGAAAUGAAGGGGGAGGGGAAGUGAUAGCAUGUAAAAGUGCAUGUGAAGCAUUUGGCCUAGACCAGUUCUGCUGCAGUGGGGAGUUUGCUAACCCAACCACAUGCCAACCUUCCUUUUAUUCAUCCAUUUUCAAGAGAGCCUGUCCAAGGGCUUACAGUUAUGCUUUUGAUGAUGGCACAAGCACUUUCACAUGCAAGGCUUAUGAUUAUGCCAUUAUAUUCUGCCCUAAUGGUAACGGGGUGAAGGGAUCAGAUGGUUCACCAUUGCCUCCAUCAACUCAAGAUCCCAUCAGCAAGUCGCCUCCAUCAAUUCAAGAUCCCAUCAGCGAGUCACCUCCAUCAAUUCAAGAUCCCAGCAGCAAGAAGGCUCAACAGAUGGUUUCCUCCUCAAACAUCAUCUUACCCCUUCCAAUGCCGAUCCUUCUCAUCCUCGUAUUGCUUUUCUGAACAAAAGCAACUUCUACACAGAAAGGCAUCAACUCUUUCUCUGAUAGUAAUAAAGUUAAAGAUUCAUUUUGAUGAGUUGAGAAUGUAAACAAAGAAUUUUCAGCCAAGUCCAUGCAUAGCAGCUAGUCAAAAAAGCAAUUGUUAGGGUUCUCAAAGGGCCAUAUAUGUGAUAAAAAUGACCUAGAGUUCUAGUAGAUCUAAGAAGAAGUGCAAUAAAGCAACCUAUUUAAUUA